AUGGCUUGCUUGGACACGUACAAGAGGUCAGAUCAGAAGGGACAGUACCCUCCGAUGAGCCCAAGACUGUCCUUUUCCAACGACUUCGUCGAAUCAUCUCACCAUCCCUCCCCCACCAACACCGCCAAUAAUAUUCAGGACCAAAACAUCCCUCCAAAUAUUUCGGCGCCCUCCGACGACUUCGAAUUCUCUGCAAAUCCCAGUAAUCACACGGCCAUGACCGCCGCCGACCAGCUCUUCUUCAAAGGAAAAUUGUUGCCCACUCUCAGAGAUGAGCUUCUCCUCAACGACGACGACGACGACGACGCUGCUGUACCACCGAAAGGCCUACCGAGAUGGAAAGAGUUUCUGAGCCUGAAGAGAUCAGUUGUUGAUGGGCGCUGCACUGCCACCGACAACAACAACGGCAACCAGCAAGGCAAAAUCCCUAAGUUGACCCUCCACGAUAACACCUCCUCGCAUCUUCCCAUGACUUCCUAG